GAAUCGAAGUCGUUGAAGGUAACCCUAUAAAAUAAGUUUCAUUCGCAAACCCUAGGGUUAUCUCAGUGCAGCUCUUUCGCUCUUUCUCUUUGCUGCAGAUCUCUCCGCCAUUGUCAAGUUGUGAAAAUGUUCACAUCAAGGAAGAAAAUCCACAAAGACAAGGAUGUUGAGCCAACUGAGUUUGAAGAAUCGGUUGGACAGGCGUUGUUCGAUUUGGAGAAUACUAACCAGGAGCUUAAGAGUGAUCUGAAAGAUUUAUACAUUAAUUCAGCAGUACAAGUUGAUGUUUCUGGGAACCGCAAGGCUGUUGUUAUUCAUGUACCUUACAGGUUAAGGAAAGGUUUCCGAAAGAUUCAUGUUAGGCUUGUUAGGGAGCUGGAGAAGAAGUUUAGUGGGAAAGAUGUAAUCCUGGUUGCCACCAGGAGGAUAUUGAGGCCACCAAAGAAGGGUUCUGCUGCUCAGCGUCCCCGAAGCCGUACUCUCACUGCUGUUCAUGAAGCAAUGCUUGAGGAUGUCGUAUUGCCUGCUGAGAUUGUUGGAAAGCGUGUGAGGUAUCGUGUUGAUGGAUCCAAGAUCAUGAAGGUUUUAUUGGACCCAAAGGAGCGAAACAACACUGAGUACAAGUUGGAGACUUUUGCUGCAGUGUACAGGAAGUUGUCUGGAAAAGAUGUUGUGUUUGAGUAUCCUGUCACAGAGGCCUAGAUUUGCUUACAUUGUUAGGUUUUUUUAAUUGUUCCAAGAAUUGAAAGUGGUGUAUGUUCGAUAGAUAAAUUUUUGCCUCACCGCUAGCCUUUUAUGCUGGCAUGCUGGAUUUGUUUUUUAUAAUUCAAAGUACUUUGUUGUGGUUUCACCAACGUAGGAUUUAAGUUUUAUGCUUAUAAGUUUAAGCUUUUAUUAUUAAUCCUGAGCAGUUCUUGUUUU